AUGCGCGUAGCUGUCAUUGGCGGUGGUCCAUCGGGCCUGGUCACCCUGAAGUACUUAAUCACAGCUCAUAAAUUCCAUGACAUUGAGCCCAUCGAAGCCAAACUGUUUGAGUCAAGAGAAUCGAUCUCAGGCACGUUCAAGUAUCGCGUUUACGAAGAUGCUGAGGUGAACAUCAUUGAGGAAGUUCUCUGCAACUAUUUGUCUUUCUGA